GGCCAUCGCGCUUUUGUUUUUGUCUUGACAGGAGUCCUUCACGACUCCUAUUUUUCAGUUUUUAUAUAUUUAUUGAGUUACUUGUAUGUACAAACUGGGAUUUUUUUUUUUAAUAACAAUAAUAUAAAAAUCAGCCUGAUGUAAAAAUAUUAGCUCAUUUAUUCUAUGCCGAGUUCACAAAAAGGCAAGUUUGGUAGGCUCAUAAGGGGUCGGAUGACAGGCGAGCGUUUUAAGUUUGACUCUAAAAGGACAAAAUGAGCGACAGCGUACAUCUCAGUUUAGCAAACACGGGUAAAGACGGGCAAACCUUGGCAGCCGCGGACAGCAUCGACCAGGACCAGGAGAGCUUUGCGUACGACGCGGAAGAUCCGGGCGAAGAAAGCGACGCUCCGGAGGCGAGAGACGGCGCGGUCAGCCCGGAGGAGCUCAACGACGACGAGACGUCCGGAGAGAGCGAGAACGUGCCCAAGACCUGCAUCUAUGACGGCUGCACCGAGACCACGACGCAGGUGGCCAAAGCCAGGAAGCCCUGGAUGUGCAAGAAACACAGGAAUAAAAUGUACAAGGACAAGUAUAAGAAAAAGAAAAGCGACCAGGCCAUGUCGUCGGGAAAACUAGACGAGGGUUCGGAGGAGAGGCCUGUAUCUGUUACUAAGCAACGGCUGGGUACCAUGGGAGACAGACCCGCCAGACCGUCCCUCAUUGAGCAGGUGCUGAACCAGAAGAGACUGUCCCUGCUGAGGAGUCCAGAAGUCAUCAGUUUUCUCCAGCAGCAGCAGCGUUUACUGACCACACAGAAUCGAGCUCAAACACAGCACAACUACUGAAGACGUUUUACUCAUUCUGUCAACGAUUUAAUGCAGACACAUUUUCAAUGACAUUUUUUACAAAUGGAAGUUUUCCAUACUCCUGUGAGAACCGUGAGCAUCUGUGACCUACAGCCAUCCUCGAAGGUGUGGAGACUAUCGACUAAAAACUUGGAUAUCCGACAAGGAUCUGAUUGAUCUGAAGUACUUCUGUCAUCAUCAAGCUCUUUAGCUGCAACAUCUACCAUUCGUCAACCCCCCUGUCUUUUAGGUUUUUUAAAUUGUCGAUAGAAAACAUAAAAUGGCAGCUGAUAUCAAAACAAAAAUGUUGGCGAUCUUAAUCUAAUCUGUAAUAUUGUCACCAACGAAAGCUAGAUUUUAGUUCCACCUUUUUUGCCACAUCUUGACCACAUCUGAAAGUAACAUGCAAACAGAAUUGUUCAUCGGCUUUAUUAUUAUUUUAAACAUUGCUGAAGGCGUUCCAAUGAAGUUUUAUCAAUCUUGUGCAGUUUUCAGCUUUAAAAGCAUUAAUACUUAUGGAUUUUUUAGGUCGGAAAAUAAACAGGCACAAAUAAAUGAUUUUUUUUUUGUAUUACAAGAACACGAAAACUAACGCAAAUGAAAAACAACAUGAAAUGUUAUGGAAGAUACAUAUUAGUCAAAAUAUGACACGAAUAAAACAUCUCCUGAUCAAG